ACGCCGGACAGCGGAAAGACGCAGAAGAGCGCCGGCAAGGGACCUUGCUCAAAAUCGCUUAGCAUAAUUGCUCUUGGCUCAGCAGCGGCUCGCCAGCCGACCGGCUCUGCGGGAGGCGAGCAGUUUAGGCGUCGCGCGCGAGCACCAACACACGCGCUGGCGCGGCUCGGUAGAGCCUUGCCUUUAAGCCAACUCUUUGUAUGCGCCGCGUCGUCGCAAGCGUGCACGCUUGGAAGAGGAGACCUCGCAGUUCCCCCGGACACAAUCACCCCCAGCAUUCGUUCGCGCGCGGUCGCUAAUAAUAAUAAUGAGCGUUCGCCCGGGGAGGACAAGUCUGAUACGGCGUUCGCUUGUCUCUCUCGCGCGCCGAUCGUUAAAACGCGUAUGCAAAGGUGUGAGAUUCCAAUGCAAUCAUUUUCUCUGGGUCUUUACUUGUAAGGCCACGCUGACUCAUUCUUUUCUUUCUUUUUUUCUUUUUCUUUUUCUGGCGCAGGCACGGAGACUGUGGCAGCGGCGAUGACAGUGGAGCAAUAGAGAGAUACUGUCGCUGCAUUUUCCGUUCCCUGAAUGUUCGCGUCUCUGCAGAGGAGCAUGUCGUCUAAGCGCAAGAGUCCGCCCACCAAGCUGUCGACGGACGAGCUGCGGAGCGAGGAAGAGCAGGAGGAAGACGGCGCCCUGUGCGAAGGUGCCGACGCCGACGAGGAAGAGGAGGAGGAGGACGAAGAGGAGGACGACGACGAGACCGCCGCCGCCGCGGGCCGCCUCAGGCUGACCGCAGCGUCGGCCGCGUGCAGCGAUGGCGACGCGCUGCUGUCCGGCCGCGCCCUCAUGGGAGGGCCCCCCGAUCAGCUCAUGGAGGAGGACGAAGACGACGACGUGGUCGCGGCAGCGGCGGCGGCGGUGGCGGCCGCCGAGGAAGACGAUGACGACGACGAGCGUGCCGCCGCCCUGGACGAGUUCGACGAGGACGGUCGCUCGGACAGCCUCGGCUCGGACGUCUUGGCGCACAGCCCAAACGGGAACGCGUCCUAUCACGGAGGCUACGCGCCGGGCGACCGACUCCUUGGUUCCCGGCACACGGACUCCGAGGACUCGGACGCGUACGGACCGGGCUCGCCAGCUGAGAACCUGACGACGACAACCUCCGCGCUGUCGGUCGCGCACCAGCCGCACAAGCGCCGUCAGCCGCCGCCGCACCAGCAGCACCACGCGCACCAGAGGACGCCUCCGCCGCCACCUCCACUGCUGCCCCCGACUUCGUCCGAAGGGGGACGCCCCAAGAAGUCCAUGGACGACGUGCUCAAGAGGCUCACUUCCAAGAUGCACACGAGCGCCACGCUCAACGACGGGGCCUCCUCCAGGGCGCCGCUCGAACACCGGUCCCGGGGAGGAAGCAGCGGAGGCCACGCGGAUGGAAGCGAUCACGGCGGCCGGAGGCGCGUCACGCUGCAGCUGGAAGGGGAGACACUGCGGCUCGCAUUGUCCGGCGGCAGCCUGAGGGACAACGAGCGCCGACUCACCGAGAUGAUCAACCAGCUGCAGCAGCUGCGAGAUCAGCUGCUCGUGCAGCAGAGGCUCCAAAUGACGCAGCUGGAGCAGGAGGGUCUGGCCAACCAGCAUCAGCAGGAGGAGCUGCGGCGACAGCAAGAGCAACUGCUCGAGCAGCAGCAGAAGUUGCACGAUUUGCAAGCGCGGCUCAGUGGUCAGUACAUGGCCGCGGCUUCGGUGUCCAAAGGAUUUCUGCUGAUGCCCAUGCUGGAGGCCGCACUGCCCCGGGUGCCAACGAGGCCCGUCUCGUCGCCCACGGCCGCGCAUACACCGCCCACGGCGGCCAUGUCUCCGCUGCAGCCGUGGGUGACGGGCGCGGCGCCGCUGCUGCCGCUCUCCGGCAGCCCGCUAACGCCUGCCGUGCGGCUGGUGCACGGUGGAGGAGGUGGUGGAGGAGGGGGUCCGGGUAACUCCUGCUCGGGCAACCGGACGCCCACGCCCAGCGCCGUGGCCCCGGACCCGGCGCCCGACCUCGACACGCCGCUCAACCUCAGCAAACCCCGAGGAAGCUCGUCGGGCAGCACUGCUAGCAGCGUCAGUGGGAGCCCGACACCUGCCAGCGUGAAGCACGAGGCAAGGGACUCCGACCGCAGCUCAGUAUCGCCCCGGGGCUUUCACCCAGGGAUCUCUCCUCACUCCGCAGCUAGCCUUCUCAGUGCCACUGCUGCCAGCGCCCCCAUCUCGGUUGGUUCUCCGUUCUUGUCAGCUGCAGCCGCCUAUCCAGGGCUUCCGCCUCAUCUCAGAGCUCCUAGCAUCCCCGUGUCACUGUCAAGCCUGAUGGGACACCAUGGAAUUCCUUCCUAUACCGGCAGCCUUCUCUCCGGUGGCGGCCUUGGUCACAAGGAACUGGGCGGCCCCGGUUCCCUGGUGGGGCCCGAUAAACCGUUUCCCCUGCACCUGUACCUGCCCCAGUCGACCGCCGCGGCUGGCGGCGCCCAUCCCCGGCCACCCGCUUCGUCGGCCUCAUCCCGCCGCGACAACGACAGCUCGGCCUCCGAGACUGACACCAAAGGAUCAAGCAAAAUAGUCGGUGCUAAGAUUAUACGACAGACCAAGAAGGAUCCGGACGGAAAACCCCACAUCAAGCGGCCGAUGAAUGCCUUCAUGGUCUGGGCGAAAGACGAACGACGCAAAAUUCUCAAGGCUUGUCCAGACAUGCACAACUCCAACAUCUCGAAGAUACUCGGCGCUCGGUGGAAGGCCAUGUCCAAUUCUGAGAAGCAGCCCUACUACGAGGAACAGUCGCGGCUGAGUAAGCUGCAUAUGGAGAAGCACCCAGACUACCGGUACCGACCGCGGCCCAAGCGCACCUGCAUCGUGGAUGGCAAGAAGCUGCGCAUCUCCGAAUACAAGUCCCUUAUGAGGGCUAGAAGGUACCGCGAAGGUGGGAUGGGGCUAUUGGACACUCCACCGAGUCUUGUCAGUCCUACAAGCAUGGCGUCGCUGCUCAGCGCACCGUCGUCAGCGAUGACGUCAUCUCCAAGCGCCGGCGAACUCGUCAGCACUCUGUCAGGCAAAAUGGCGCGCAUGGCGUCGUCCAACGGUAUCGGCGACUCCCACGGCAAGCGGUCGUCGCUGUCGCCGGCCAGUUUCAUGGAGACCUGAACUCUGCCGCAAUUCUCGCCCGCGACGUGAGACAGAAACCAAGCAAACGGAGAGCGUGUUGGCUCGCUUGUUCCCCUCUCCUACGCCGCGCUACACCUGGACUUAGAAAAAAAAAAUCCCACGAAGAUAUGAUGAACACGAAGUUCUGGAAACGAGACGUGUUGUUGUUUCUCCUCCUCCAAGUGCAAUGUUCGUAUGCGCCCCUUGCCUACUGCCCCGCGCUCCCUACCCACCAGUCCUCGAGGUUCCCUCCGCGCCCGCUUUUUAUUUAAAUACGCGGUACUGCAUUGUGUCGAUGUCCGUUUAUGUGCAAAGCAGAGGUGCCGAAACGCUGCCGCGAUGGACCUCCUGCAACGCUACCCAGUGUGUGUGUGUGUGUGUGUGCGUGUGGGUGCGUGUGUUUGUGCGCGCGUGCGUGCGUAAUUGUUCGAUUCCUUGAUCUGACGGCUUGUUUCGGCAGCAUUCAGAGUUCUUCCUCUUUGCAUAAUUUUUGUCCCUUAAGAGAUGGAGGGAUGUGUGAUCUAGCUCUGAACGAUGAUGGGAACAUGGUGAGGAGGCAAGAAAAAAAAAUGGAGGAGAGAAUCACAUCGCCGCCAUCACCCUCUUUUUUACGUGUUGUGGUCCAUUGCCCGCGCUUUUGUUUUAUAUUGGAGUCUGCCAUUUCGAAUCUGUGUAUAACUGCGCUUUCCUUUUUCUUUGUGUUUUUUCUUAUAGAUAAGUUUUAAGUUCAGUUUCAUUAUUAUUCUUGUGUGUCACACUUGUAUUUCAAGGCUGCACCCAGGUGAUGCUGCCGUUGUUGCUAAUUGACGCUUGCCAUAGUGCAAGCACUUGUUCCUUCUACAUUUCAAGAAAAUGGAGCUGUUAUCUUGCCCCUUCAUGUGCAGCUUGGAUGUCACAACCAGGGGGUCUCGUAAAGCAACGUGGCGAAAAACUGCUGCUUUUCGCCUACUGUGAGUUUAGGAAACAUGUACAGUGUAGCAGUAUAUAAACGGAAGGAAUGCAUAAAGUAACAAAGUAUAAAGCAAGUGUUUAGCACAAUUGAGGAUAAAUGUGUCCCCUCAGUGGGAGUAAAACCAAUGGGUUCAUCUGUAUCAUGACAUACAGGCAACUUUUAAGAUGGCGACACAGAGUGCUUGACGUCAUCUAUGGCUACCCUAAAGCGUACACUUAAGUGUGCAUUUCUAGGGCGCUGCCUAAGUUGAGGUGUUGUUGCCUUGCUGCUACUCUGUUGCUUUUGGCAUAACUGAAAAACAUAGUGUCGAAGAAAAAUCAAUUAUAUCCUGUAACAAGAAAAAAUUCGGCAGAGUCAGUUAUGACUGCUUACAUGUGGGAAUGCGAAAGUAUUAUAGCCCCAUUGGUGAGAUGUAUUUUUUCCCACGCUUUCCUUGUCUGCGCAAGCUCUCGCCUGCGUUCUAACUGCGCCUGGUUAAGGCCAGAUCAAAACGCGCUCGCUGGCCCGAGAGGAGUGCAUAACUCGAAGGACCGCUGAGCGCCGUGUAAUUGGCUAAAUAUGCUUUUUAAAGCGAUGGCGUUAAGGCCCCGUGUCUCGUAGAAAAUCCGAUGUCGGCAUCGUUGCCGGCGUUGGCGUGCUGUGAGUGAAAAUCGCCGUAUAUAUUUAGGUGUAUGUAUAUGCUACACCUUGCUAUGUGACGUGCGGCAUAUGCGGGUUAUAUUGCCGCACCAUUUUAUCGCUAAAGUUCACAGCCCACAAACAAAUGUCAUGAAACAAAACACUGACAGCGCAUGCCUUUUAUGUUAAAGCUUCCUAGACUUAAAUAUUAAAUGCGUGAAACAAUAACAGAAACCUGAAAACUAAGUAAUUUUCGAUGCGACUGUUCACUGUCUUCGCGAUCGGCCCACGCAAGAGGCCGCGUGUCUACCAGAAAGUUCGCCUUCGCGCAUAGCGUUCGCCCCCUACCGUUUCCCUGUAAACAUGACGGUUACAUAGUUUAUGUAACCGUAAUGUUGUUGGGAAGCGUGAGAAUGAGUCAGUCUUUGAAUGUUAUCGCUUUCCACUCUUACAGGCGAAGCUUAAGUGUCUUCCAAAUUUCAUUUUAUACGCUCCUUUUAUACACUCAUGACGUGGCGCCACCUCCUCCCCAUUGGCUGCGCUUGUCACGUGCCCAAUGACGCACGCGAUGGGCACACCUUUAGUCAUCUAGAACCGUGGAGUCGCCGUGACGUGCGGGAAGCGUGCUCGUCUCGUACCGCGGAGGUCCGGGUUCGAUUCCCACCUAGACCGAAAUUUACCACAUUUUUAAUUUACUGCGUUUACAGGAACUUCCCUGAGAAAUUUGACGUCAGUCCGAGCAUUUAUUGUCGUGUUUUUGCUGUUUGCGCCGUCGGUCAUUUUUGGUACCAUCCUUCGGUCUCGUCACUGACUGACGGAUUUUCGCGUAAUGGGGCAUGUAAUGCUUUCGCAUUAAAACCAAACACAGCUCUCCGCGCAAACCAUUUUUACUUUGGCAGUGUGGUAUUUUGGUGCUCUACUACCUUGAAACUCUCUGCCUGCUGGAGAUUGUAGAAGCGGCAGUCAGUUGAAGUCCUAAGCUCCAAUUACAAGGAACAAGUUCCCAACGAAUUAUUUUGGCGCCGGUCGGCGUCGUCAAGAACAAUGCGACGCUGAGGCCGGCGCUCGCUCGACGCUGGUCAGCCUAUGCCAGACCACAGCGCUGACGCCCGAAGUGGCUAGCGAAGCAUGAAAUUUGGUCGAUGUGGGUCGAAGCCGAAAAUCAGUCGGAAACUUGUUCCUUGUGGUUCGGCCUUUAGUGUUAUAUCCCUGAUUAUUGUGUCAUAAUGGGCCAUCGAAUCCUGCCCAACAUUAUCCCAUGCCAGAGCCAGCUUCCCUUUAUAAUUUCUUUUUGUCGUAUGAACAUGCUCAACCAUUGUAAACAUACAAUCUAGUCUGUGAUGUUGCAUUUGAAGGCAUGGCAUUAUUUUCAGUGUACAACGACCCAGUUUAGGAUGUUUUCAGUGGGUCUGCUUCCUUCAUCAGUGCUAACAAGUGUGUUCAAAUGACUUGUAUUUUGGAUUUUUUUCUUCAUCCAUGUAACGUAUGCCUUUCUCUAAUUUUGUUACCAUGCUUCAGACUUACGCGUAUUUAUGCAAUUGACUCAAGCAGAAAGCAUCAUAGAAACUUUCUUGAUGAGCUUUUCCAUUCUAAUAGGCAUGGGAAAAUGAUAUUCCGUAACUGCUGCAAGUCUUUAAUGUAAUAAUUUCUGAUAUAUAUUAGGCAAUUGUCUGUAUCAUAUUUCUUUGAUUUAUUGUUGCAGUAAGUGUUACCCUCAGCUGGGGAUAAGUGCAAGACUAGACUUUUCAAACUUGUGAACCUAUUUAUGGCGUCUUUUUCUGUAAGAUAAACUCAUGGCAUGCUUUUUCAUCAUUCUCGUCGCUAUUGUUAACUGUGUUCUUUAUUUUUCUCAUUUUUACUUAAGCAUUAAUUGUUGAUUAUGAGAACUGCUCUGGGUGUCAUACCAGUGGAUCCCUCAGAAACGAAAUCUGAGCUGGCAUUUCAAAGCACGCAAGUUGUUUGUGGGAUAUGUUCUGUCUUUCUCACUUUUCUAGAGUUUUGUUAGUGCAUAUCGAGCAGGUAAUAGAAAGGGUUUAGAAAAUCAAAGCCUUACUCGUGUAUGUCUUUUCCUGCCAUCAAUUUAUUUCGCAUAUUUUAUGCUUGUCUAGGAAACAAACACAUAGCUGGCAUUAUGCUUUUGCCCACUCACUGAAUGUGUUCAAACCCUUGUAACAGCACAGUUUUUCAUCCACUCCCAUGAAGACUAAAAAAAAAAAAAACACGCAAAUCACUCCUGUAAAAAAAAAAAAGACUAGCUAACAGUGUACAGAACUUUCAAAUACAUGUCAACAUUGUGCUUUUCAGGUAAUUGAGAAUUGUGUGCGUGCUAUAAUUCUGGCACUUACACUGCACACAACACAAACAUCACUACUAGGAAAUGCAAGUUUUGUUGUAAUUCGAGAUUUUUGGAUAAUAAUUUAAUAAAAUGGCCUACACUUUCCAGUUCUCAACUAGCAUGUAGCUACUUUUCAACUUCUCACAAUGAACGGAACUCUUAAACGGAGCUACAAUGAAAAGAAAUAUCUUUUUAUGACUAAUCUUUAUGGCGAGUGGUCUGUAAAGGCUGCACACGCAAUAUUUCCCACUUGGUGUGUGUGUGUUUGUUUUUUUAAAUAGAAGGCCAUCUUAGAAAUGCACGAUUUUGUGAGCAGUGUUAUCUUCGUGCAACGCCGUGCCACAUCAGAAAUAACUGAUGUCAGUGCAGCCAUGUUCACAGUCCUCAAGACACUAGUCGUGAUGGAGAUGCCACACAAUUUUCAUGCAUCUACCUGUCUACUCACUCUUUUCAUAACUGAACCCUUCAGUGUUCCACAAACAACUCUUCAUUAAACUGACCUUUUUAUUUAACAUACCGGUGGAGUUCUCAUAAAGUAUUGUUUCGAAAUCUCGUUUUGGAGCAGUAUUUAUUGCAGGCGUUCUCUCUGAAUCGCUAAUGCGAUCGACAUGUCUGCUGACCGGAAACAUAACGUUGGAUAGCAGUAGGCAAACAGUGGCUUGUUACUGUAUGUUAGAUUUUAAAACUUUGCAAGUGUGCGUGUUCAUUGUCAACUGCAACAAAGCAUAUGUGCACCUGAGAGUCAGAAAGCUGAUCUGAUGUAGAAAGAAAAUACCUUGCACCUCUCUUCGAAGAGAGAGUUCGAGUGCCCUUCCUUGCAUGAGUGAUUUCAACACUGUUUACUAUGUGUACAUUAUAGACCAAUUAAAACUACGAAGAAAACUUGAAA